AUUAGAGUUUCGUAAAGGUAAAAAAUAAAUUUCAAAGAAAAUCAUCUUCAUUGUCAUCGAGAAAUGAUACGCCUUUUUGUGGUAAGGUUCAUUAUAUCAUCAUAUUAUGAAUCAAGAAAAAAUGAAAUAUAAUCUAUAAAAACGGAUUGCCACUAGCAACCAACCAACCGAACUAACAAACAAACAAAAUCAACAAAUUUUUUUUCUUUCUUCUCUCUUCGUUUUCGACAAUGGUAAACUUUGAUCGUUAAAUCGACGAACGGCAUUUUUUUUCUUGUUGUUGUCGCUUAUUAUUCAAUUAAUAAUUUCUCAAUGUCAGCAACAACGACGAAAACGAUGAUGAUGAUGAUAAGAAGAAGUAUAUGUGACACACAGACACACUUCAACAAUAUUUUCUGAUAAUAAGAGUCACUGUCAAUUGUUAGCUCGACUCGAGUUGUUGUGUGACGUUUGAUUUUUUUUCCUAUCCUGAUCAAUUUGACGCUAUAAAGUUAUUUUAAAGAUUUUUUCUUUUAAAUUUACUGUACACAUCAAUUCUAUUUGAAGUAAAUUAAUUUACCAGAAGUAUUGAAUAAUAAUGGCUUGUGAAGGAACUGCCGAUAUUGCAUUGAUUGGUUUGGCUGUCAUGGGACAGAAUCUUAUUCUUAAUAUGGCCGAUCAUGGAUUUACGGUUUGUGCAUUCAAUCGUACCACAUCGAAGGUCGAUGAUUUUCUUGCUAAUGAAGCAAAAGGAAAAAGUAUUGUCGGUGCACAUAGCCUUGAGGAAAUGGUGUUGAAAUUACAAAAACCCCGAAAAAUAAUUCUUCUUGUCAAGGCUGGAUCAGCUGUUGAUUCAUUCAUCGAACAAUUGAUACCAUUAUUGGAGCCAGGUGAUAUCAUAAUUGAUGGUGGUAAUUCCGAAUAUACGGAUACACAACGUCGUUGUGAAUAUCUUCGAUCAAAAGAUUUAUUGUUCGUUGGUUCGGGUGUAAGUGGCGGUGAAGAAGGUGCACGAUAUGGACCAUCAUUGAUGCCCGGUGGUCACGUUGAAGCAUGGCCACAUAUUAAAACAAUUUUCCAAAGUAUAUCGGCUAAAGCGGAUGAUGAACCAUGUUGUGAUUGGGUCGGUGAUAAUGGUGCCGGACAUUUUGUCAAAAUGGUUCAUAAUGGUAUUGAAUAUGGUGAUAUGCAAAUAAUUUGUGAAGCAUAUCAUUUGAUGAAAAAUGUUCUCGGUUUAUCGCAUGAUGAGAUGGGCGAUAUUUUUGAUGAAUGGAAUAAAGGUGAAUUGAAUUCAUUUUUGAUCGAAAUCACCCGUGACAUAAUGCGAUAUAAGGAUACGGAUGGACAGCCAUUGGUGGAAAAAAUUUUGGAUUCAGCUGGACAGAAAGGAACCGGUAAGUGGACGGCCAUAUCGGCGUUGGAUUUUGGUGUACCGGUUACAUUGAUUGGUGAAUCAGUGUUUGCACGUUGUUUAUCAUCGCUGAAAGAUGAACGUAUGGCUGCAAGCCAACAACUUUCCGGGCCAUCAACAACAGAAUUUAAUGGUGAUAAAACGGCAUUCAUUGAGGAUAUUCGUAAGGCAUUGUAUGCAUCGAAAAUUGUAUCCUAUGCUCAAGGUUUCAUGUUGUUACGUGAAGCUGCAGUCAAAUUCAAUUGGAAUCUAAAUUAUGGUGGUAUUGCAUUGAUGUGGCGUGGUGGUUGCAUUAUUCGUUCGGUAUUUUUGGGCAACAUUAAAAAAGCGUUCGAUAAUAAUGCCGAACUACAGAAUCUUAUGAUGGAUGAUUUUUUCCGCGAAGAAAUUGGUAAAUGUCAGGAUUCUUGGCGUAAUGUUAUUGCUACAGCUGUAAAGAUUGGUAUACCGACACCGGCAUUUUCAACUGCUCUUGCUUUUUAUGAUGGUUAUCGGUCAUCACAAUUGCCGGCUAAUUUGAUUCAAGCUCAACGUGAUUAUUUUGGUGCUCAUACCUAUCAAUUGAUCGAUAAUCCUGGUACAUUUAUCCAUACUAAUUGGACUGGUAAAGGUGGUAAUGUUUCAUCAUCAACAUAUAAUGCUUGAGUGAUCAAUCAAUAAUGAGCAUUGAACACUAAAAACAAAAACAAAACAUGGUGAUGGUUCAAAUUAUUAUAUUAUAAUUAAUCAUGCAUGUGUGUUUUAAUCGUUAAU